ACUGACGUUGGACAACAAAGAUGGCGGCAGGAACUAGCAAUUACUGGGAAGGUGAGGACGAGGCCUCCGGGCGGGUCCAGGCGGCUGCGGACGGUUGAAUGAAGUUCGGGUCUUGGGGGAGGCAGCAGAGGGAAGAGUCUGGCCUUUGGAGCCAAGUUGAGGAGCGGGUCUGGUCCCUCAAGAAGCCCGGGAGCUGGGGGCUGAGAAAACUGAGCGGCCGGGCCAGGGGGCGGAUCCAGAGCGCGAGCGGCCCGGGGCGAGGGGCUGGGGAGCGGCGGGCGGAGCCCGGCGGGCGCCGCGGGCGCUGGGGGGCUGCGACUGUAGUGGAGGGGGCUCGCGAUCUGGGGCUCUCGGCGGCAAUGACUGUGGAGCCGCGGAGAGCGGAGUUGAGGUGACUGUCGGAAAAGAGAAAGGCGGAACUGUCGGUCCGCCCGUCGAGGGAGGAGGGUCCCCGGCGUCCGCCGGGACUCCGAGGACGGGACUUUUCCUCUUCUGCUCUGGAGUUCGAGUGUGUCCAAAGGCGAAGGCGAGCGGACCGGGAUGAACUGUAAUCCCCGCAGACCCCGUUGUGGAUCGGCUACCGACCGGGCUUAUUUCGUUCCCGAGCGUGCGGUCCGGUCCAGUGCGCUCCCGUCGACGAAGCUCGGAGAAGGCUGCUGUGUUGCUUGGAAUUCGCCUUGCCCCGUCGCAACAGAGAAACUCCUUUCAGCACCCUCUCCCCCUGUUAGAUGUGUUUCCUAUGACUUCCCUCCGAAGCCUUCCCCCCCCCCCCCGAAACCAUCACAGAGAACGACAGCUUUGUCGCUGUCCCCUUAAUUCUAAAGUCCUUCGUACGUGCCUGUCAUACUUGCAGAAUGCUUCUUCCUUGCUGUUCUCUAUCAAGAAGACAGUUAACUAGUGACAGGGCAGCAUGCGUUUGGUUUAAAACGUAUUAAAGUGCCUGUUGGAAAUAGGCAUUUCAGCUAGAAAAUGCUUUACUGCUCGUCAUUAGGUUAUGCUUUUUUUUUUUUUAAGCGCCUUGUAAUAAUUAGUGCCGUUUUGUUGGCACCCUUUACUCUGUGCCAGGUGGUUUUAAACAUGUGAUCUUUUAAUGCAUAGAAAAAUCUAAAGAUUUUUCUAUGUUACAUGAGGUUUUCGAAAACAAAACACGCAGACUCAGAGAUUAGUUUGUUAAGUAAAUGAAAGUGCCAGUUUUCAGAAUUUCAGAACCUUAGACUGGAUGGAAUUCUGAGAUUUGGUGUCUGUGCCAAUACUCCACUGUAUUAUUCAGCUUCACACUUCUCGUUGUUGAUAGUAUGUUGUUGAGAAUACGUUUCUCUUUUCUGGAAAGAUAAGAUCUUUAUGCCAUUUCUUCUGUAUUUCAGCUCUUUUGCUGUGAGAGUACUUCCUUGUGGGUUUUUAGUCUGGGUACACUCAGCCUUAGAUGCCAGCUAUACCACUCACUUGGCUUGCUUGUUUCUCCCCCUUUAAGACUUGUGCUCUCGGCUUGAUUGAUAAUUUAUUUUCUUAGAUCUCAGGAAACAGGCUCGACAGCUGGAAAAUGAACUUGACCUGAAACUAGUUUCCUUCAGUAAACUAUGUACAAGUUACAGCCACAGCAGUGCCCGAGAUGGAAGACGCGACAGGUAUAGCUCUGACACAACACCCCUUUUAAAUGGAUCAAGCCAAGAUAGAAUGUUUGAAACAAUGGCAAUUGAGAUUGAACAACUUUUGGCAAGGCUCACAGGAGUGAACGAUAAGAUGGCAGAAUAUACCAACAACGCAGGUGUUCCUUCCUUGAAUGCAGCACUGAUGCAUACGUUACAGCGGCACAGAGACAUCCUGCAGGAUUACACACAUGAAUUCCAUAAAACCAAAGCAAACUUUAUGGCAAUACGGGAACGGGAGAACCUUAUGGGAUCUGUACGAAAGGAUAUUGAGUCUUAUAAAAGUGGGUCUGGAAUAAACAACAGAAGAACUGAAUUAUUUUUGAAAGAACACGACCACCUGCGAAAUUCAGAUCGUCUGAUAGAAGAAACAAUAAGUAUCGCUAUGGCAACAAAAGAAAAUAUGACUUCCCAGAGAGGAAUGUUGAAAUCAAUUCAGAGCAAAAUGAAUACUUUGGCCAAUCGUUUUCCUGCUGUGAACAGCCUAAUUCAACGGAUCAACCUUCGGAAGCGGCGAGAUUCGCUCAUCCUGGGCGGCGUGAUUGGCGUGUGCACCAUCCUCUUGCUGCUAUACGCAUUCCAUUGAUGGGACAACUCCAGAGACUCUUGAUUACCGCCACUUUCGCGCCGUGACCUGGAAUAAGGAAAAGGAGAAGUUGACAGUCUUGAUAAUUAGCUUGGCCAACAGGAUUAAUCCAAGACUAAUAACAGUGGACUCUGACAUGGUCAGGUUGAGCUGAAGCUGCAGUUUUUCUGUGCUACCUUUUCUAACACAUUUCCAUCUGGUUUCAGUUAUUAAAAAACAAACAAACCAUUUUCAGUUGAUUUUUCUCCCCCAAGAGGUAAGUAAACCAAUCAAAAGCAGAGUUUUGGUGUUUCAGUGAUAGUCUUAAAGGCUGUUGAUGGGCCAGGCCUUACAGCCGAACUCUUCAGGAAACCAAGUUUCUCUCUAUCCAAAGACUGCUUUCCUUCCCAGCCACCAAUUGGGUUGUGAAUAAAAGUAGUUCUUGUCCUUUGAUUUUAUCCUUAUGAUGAGAAAUCACAAGUCAUCUUGGGGUGAUCUGUGUAUAGAUUUCUACUCUCUGCCCCCAUCUCUUGGUUUUCAAAGAAAAUUCUAUUUUGGGGGUUUGUUUGUUUUUUUUUUAAAACCAUUCUUUGAGUGCUGACUGGCAAACUUCAGCACAGUUGAAGUUACCUAAAACAAAAGACAAACACUGCAAAAAACACAUUUUUCUCUUUCUUUUUUGUGUCUGUUUGUGCACACUGGGGUUAACUAUGUUACGGGAUAAAUAUCAAGAAUGAAAGACUUUUUUAAAAAUGAAUCAGUCAUUGUUUUGAUUUUUUUUUUUCAUUUUUUCACUUGGAAUAAUUACUACUACAGGAAAGUGAAAUCUCAAUUCUACCGUGACAAAAGAAACUAAUAAUGUCUAUCAGUGCCCCCAGCUAUUCCUCCUCAUGUCAGGAUUAAUACUAGAAACUGAGAAGGCACCUAUUCCGUUUUCAGUGAGAUAUGUUCAAUAAACCACAUGUAAAAGAUGUUAGGGUUCACCCUCCAGAUAAUGCCAUUUGUAUAUGCUCAGCUAUUUAUGAGCAGAAGUUUGAGAACUACUCUGCCUGAUAUGCCAGAAAGACUGUGUUCUAUAAAAAGCUGUUCAUUCCAAAUCUGCUCCACUUUUCAAACACCUAGAGAAUGGUUUCACUGUUGAAGGUGCAUGCAACAGAAUCAGUCUCCACCUGCACCUCUGCUGUUGCCAUCCCUGGACAGUGACAAAUGUUAAGCCUCCCACCAGAAUUGGAUUCAAGUUUAACUGCUUCUCAGUUCCUAUAAAUUUAUGAUCUAACUGAACCAUCACCAAAAAGUUUGAAAACUUCCAGCUUCUCUAUUCUUCGCAAGGAAGACUGUUGUUCAUCAGUGAAAUUGACUAUGGUAUUUAUAAUAUUGGCUUCAAACUGUUCUGCAGGGAACAGAAAGAUUCUAGCAUGUAGUUCUUAACUACAGAAUAGUGUAUCAAUACUCUAUUUCAAUGGACUUGAUUUCUAGACCCCUGGGUAGAGUAACCCUUGGUCUGGUACAGAGACUGAGAGGUUUUUCAUUCUGGCGUCACAGUUGUAUUAUGUUCUGGGUCUGGAGGGAAUUUGAUAUUUUUUUUUUAAACAGGUUUAUUUUUCUAAGUAUGGGUUGAUUGAUGGAGUUAAUUGGGGAUGCCCUUAGAAGAAAACUUAAGUUUUUCCCAAUGUGAACCUUAAAGAAUCAGGGAAGUAAGUUAAUUUAUUAAAUUCUCUGUCAAGAGAACAAAACUUCUCUCCCCUGAUACUUUAUUGUCUUUGAUUUUUUUCAAAGAUCCUUGAUUGGUGGUUGUGCCUCAGCUAGAUUAUAUGGGACUUUGGUUGCUAUAUAGUUGGCAUUUAUAAAAUCUGAAGUAUCAUAAAUAAAGUUAUUUAUUUAAUUAUAUUA